CACAGAGAAGAAUGACAGCUGAAAGCAGCUCCCAACUAUACACAGAUACCAAAAUAGGACUGCGGUCCUCACAUUCUAACGAUUAAGUGCACUCCAUCUGGCAGACAAAGUCAGGCAGUCCUCGAGAAUCGCUGUUCACAACCAAGACGAUUGCAAAUAUUGGAAACAAAUUGAUGAUGAUUUAUAUUAUUAAAUUCAAGCAGUGAGAAUACAUCCCUUCAACACGCCGUCUGCCAAGUUACCAGCCAUGUCAAUUAAGGAACAAGAAUGCUACACGUAUGAUUUUGCUGACCCAGCUCACCCAGCAGAGUUCUUGGAUGCUUUCCAAGAAUUUUACCUUGAUGGCUUGUUCACAGACAUUACUCUCCAGUGUGCUACUGGAAAGAAAUUUCAGUGUCACAAAGCAGCUCUGUCUGCGUGCAGCACUUACUUCAAAGCGAUGUUCACAGCAGACAUGAGAGAGAGAUCCAACAACUUGAUCAAGCUUUCAGGCAUUGACAGUGAUGUAUUGACUGCUCUGGUGAAUUACGUGUAUACAUCCCAGCUGAGAAUAACUGAGAAGAAUGUCCAAAGUCUUUUGGAAGCAGCUGAUCUACUUCAGUUUGUGUCUGUAAAGAAAGCUUGUGAGGAGUUUCUGGUCAGGCACCUAGAUGUUGACAACUGUUUAGGGAUGCAUUCUUUUGCAGAGUUUCAUGUCUGCCCUGAACUGGAGAAAGAGGCCAGGAGGAUGAUGUUGUGUAGGUUUGAAGAGGUCACAAUGCAGGAGGAGUUCCUGGAACUGGACUUUGAGAAAUUAAGUUACGUAGUGUCCAGAGAAAACCUCAACGUCUGGAGACAAGAAGUUCUUUUGGAAGCUGUCGUGAAAUGGAUCACCCAUGAUGUGCAAGCUCGGACUGGUUAUGUGCAGGAUUUGCUUUACUGCAUCCAACUGGAUUUGGAUGAAAUCUACCUGAGGACGGCCCUCAAUCUGCAGAAAAGAUGUUUACUGGGCAGUGAGAAAAAAGUCUACUCCUUAAUCUGUCAUGGUUUACUAUCCACUCGGAAAAGGAACUUUGUGAGAUCUAAAAAGUUGACCUCUAGCAUGUAUAUUAUUGGAGGAUAUUACUGGCAUCCACUCUCAGAGGUAAAUGCGUGGGACCCACUUACUAAUACCUGGGUCCAUGGAACUGACAUGCCAGAUCACACGAGGGAGAGCUACAGCGUGUCACUUUUGGGACCAAACAUUUACGUAACAGGGGGUUACAGAACAGACAAUAUUGAAGCUCUUGAUACAAUGUGGGUUUAUAAUGGAGACACUGAUGAGUGGAAAGAGGGGUGCCCUAUGCUUCAUGCUCGAUAUUACCACUGCUCGGUCACUUUGCAUGGCUGUGUGUAUGCUAUAGGAGGAUACAGAGGGGGAGCGCCUGCACGAGAGGCAGAGUUCUAUGAUCCUUUGAAGAAGACAUGGACCCCUGUUGCAAACAUGGUGCAAGGUGUUGGAAAUGCCACAGCCUGUGUUUUACGUGAUGUAAUCUAUGUAACUGGAGGUCACUAUGGCUAUCGGGGAAGCUGCACCUAUGACAGAAUUCAAAGAUACAGGUCGGAUCUCAAUGAAUGGAGCAUUGUUACAAUAAGUCCACAUCCAGAGUAUGGGCUGUGUUCUGUAGCUUUAAACAACAAACUGCACCUAGUUGGUGGGCAGACUACCAUCACUGAUUGUUAUGACCCAGAAAAGGACGAAUGGAGACAGAUGGCUCCGAUGAUGGAGAGGAGGAUGGAAUGUGGUGCUGUUGCCAUGAAUGGAUGCAUUUAUGUCACAGGGGGAUACUCCUACUCAAAAGGAACCUAUCUUCAGAGCAUAGAGAAAUAUGACCCAGAACAAGACAAGUGGGAAAUCGUGGGCAGCCUUCCCAGUGCCAUGCGAUCACACGGUUGUGUUUGUGUUUACAGUGUGUAGACAGGAUGCUAUGCACUAGUUCUAUAUUGCUGCCCAAUAGGAAAUGCUGGCUAUGAAGUUCUGGAAGAAUCAAACAGGAUAUGCUGUAAAGAGCAGUGGCUAAUGAAAUGUUAACUACUGCACUGUUCCUUCUCACUCAGAAGGCACCUGGAUAGCAUACAGUUGAUACAAUGCCAUCAAAUGGAUAGCUUCUUUCAGUAUGCUAGUGUACAUUUUAAUUGGAAUAAAUGUUGCAUCAAUAAAGAACCCACUUCUCAGGACUCUUUUGAUACAAAUAACAUUUACCGUACCUUAACUAAUAUUCCUUUUUCAUCUCUGCAAGUGCCGAUAAUAUAUUUUAUAAGUCUCUUUCCCCUUACAAUCAGGGCUCAGGAAGAACAAAAUAAGUUUUGUAUGUUAACAUGCUUCAUGUCUGAGAAAGAGACCUACCUGCCUUUGGCAAAAAAGUCACAAGAAGACCACAGAGUAUAGAAAAAAAAAAAAAAAAAGUGGUGUAAGACCCCAUCCAUUUCAUGCAGUGUGUACAGUCCCGGGGCUGCUUCAUUUUUGUAGAAAUGUAAUAACUUUAACCAACAAACACCCUUAAUGUGCACAUUUGUAAGGCAAAUGAAGAUUGAGGUGUUAUAGGGGUUUGUGGACAGGCAACACGUCACUUCUUGUUUCCAACCAAAACAGAGGGAAAACUAAAGUAAUUGCUUUAAGUCAGCAUGUGACGCUUCACACAUUUUGCCAUAUAUUUGGAGAACUGCUUAUUUAAUUGUCAUCAAUCUUAGUAUUAAGCUUAUUUAACAUAUGUUAUUGAGAGUUUCAGAUUCUAGGAAUACAGGGGGUGUCUGUCCAUUUAUCAAUCUGUCUGUGUCACUUGCAUGUUUGCUAAUAUCUGGAGAAUCACUUAGCAAAUUAAACAUGUCAAUGCUAAUUCGUAUUCUGUACUGUUCUGUACACACAGUUGUUAUUUCAUGGUAACAAAUCGUAGUGAAGGCUCUAAUGUUGAAUUACAGCUGUGGCAAGGGAUGAGUGUUACUGACCUACUAGAAGCAAAAUUGAGAGGCAAAUGCUCUGGGUAUUCCAUUGUCAAUGGAAGUACCAGUAGAUCACUUGUUAAUUUUCAUAGAAA